AUGAACCCACGACACGUUUUGAUUCGGUUUGAAUUGGAGGAAGACUAUCAGCGUUGUUGGAUUACUUCUUUAUGGACUAUAGGCGGUUAUCAAAUGCGCAUUUUGAAAUGGCAUCCGGGUUUUAAGUUUGAAGAAGACCCACCGAUCGUUCCCAUCUGGGUUUCUCUUUAUGAGCUUCCUUUGGAAUGGAUGCAUCCGAGGGUUUUAUUUUCCAUAGCCUCUGCUGUUGAAAAGCCCCUUCAAGUGGAUACUCCAACCCUAAAUUUGACAAGGCCGUCUGUUGCGCGCUUUUGCGCUGAGGUUGAUCUGACUAAAGAGUUACCGAAGUCGAUUCGGAUUGGAAAGAAAGGAAAGAAAUAUGAGCAAUAUUAUACGUAUGAAUGUGUUCCUUCGUACUGCUCUGCUUGCUCAGAAAAAGUCAACUGGGGUUUAAGAAAAGGGGAAAGGAAGAUGGAUUUGGAGGUGCAGAUUAUCAAUGAAGACCCUUUCAUCAUAAAAGGUUUGAUUCCUAAAGUCGUCGAAACACAGGUUGCGGAAACCCUAACCUCGCAGCCUCCGGAAGAGGCUCAUGCUGGAGGUUCAACUUUUGGUUUAACAACCAAAGAAAAAGGUUCUAUUCCUGUUGAUAUUGUGGACAGUACCCCCCAUGAUUCUGGGGAAGUUGGUUCUCUAGCGCAAACAACUCAACUCGUAGUCCUGCAGGAUGAUGUUUUGAAUGACUGCUCUGAGAUGAAUAAGACAGAACCGGUUAUGCAAGCAAAUCAAUUUGCGAUCCUGCAAAGUUGUGAUGAUAACGGCGAUGCGAUUGCUGAUAUUGUCCAGGAAAAUGCUGAUGAAGAUUCUGAUGAUGUUGAAAAUGACCCUAAACUUUUUUAUCCGGAUGACUCUUUGACUGCGGAUCUACUUGUUUCAGAUGAUGAUGACGAUGCAUAUGAAGAAAGUUGGUCAGAAAGGGAUAAGGACAUGCCUGACUUGGCUGUGAAUGAGCAAGGGGAAUUAACAACCAAGAAGAGGCGCGGCCGCAAAACGAAAGAUGAGCGCGCUAAGCUUAUAGCUGUUCAGGACUAUGGAGCCAUUGACAGGUUUAAUCGAUGCAUUAAAGAGAAUAAUUUGAUGGAAAUACCAUCAGUGGGUGAUGAUUUUACUUGGGGUGGUAUGCGUGCUACCGGUUGGGUUAGCAAGAAGUUAGACCGUAUUCUUUUCCCUCCGGAGUGGAUGGAUGUUUUUCCUAAGGUUUCCAUUGAGCUUUUGAGCCGUACUACAUCUGACUACUCCCUUUUUCUACUUCAAUUUGAUGGACAACUUGAGUCUAAGCCAAGAAGUUUCAGAUUCCAGAAAAUGUGGCCUCAAAGAGGAGAUUUUAAAGAUCUUGUUCAAUAUAAUUGGUUACACCCGGUUUGGGGUUCUAGAAUGCUGGCUUUUUCCUUGAAGCUUCGUAGAUUGAAGCUAGCUUUAAAGGAAUGGAACAAAUUGCAUUUUGGUGAUGUUUUUCAAAAUCUGAAAUUGGCGGAGGAUAAAGUAAAGGAACUGGAAAUCGCCUAUGAUCGUUCUGGGCACAUGAAUGAUAGGCAAAAUCUAAGCUUGGCUAGGGCUCAUUUGCUUCAAAAACUCAAGGAACAUGAUGACUUUUGGAAGCAGAAAUUACGCUUAAAAUGGCUCAAGGAGGGGGAGAAUAAUACAGCUUAUUUUCACGCAUCUCUUGCUGAAAGAAAGUUGAAGAUGGGGAUCCAAAAAAUUCAAACUGAGGAGGGCUGUGUUUUAACAAAAUUGGAAGAGAUUGAGAAGGAGGCGGUGGAUUUUUUUCAUAAUCUUCUUACUGAAGAAUCUCCUCAUUUAUGGCAGCAUCAAAAGCAACAAGUAUUCUUGAAAAAUUUGAAUGAUGAUUUGAGUUUGGAGGAUAAGCAUAUGCUUGAAAUGGAGAAAAGAUGCCAAAGGUUUCUAUGGCAUGGUUCAAAUGACAAAAAGCGAAGACAUUGGAGAUCUUGGGAUCGAUUGGCUCUUCCUAUUUCAGAGAAUGGUCUAGGGUUGCGCAAGUUUGUAGAUGUUGUUCGAGGUUUUUCUUGCAAACUUUGGUGGAAAUACAAGCAGCAAAAUGGAUUAUGGAGUCAUUUUAUCUUGUCUCUCUCGCAUUCAGCUAGGGGUAAAACAUCUUGGAGCAGGGUUGAUAAGGUUGACAUGGAGGCGUCGCAAUGCUUGAAGGUUCUAGUUUGUGAGGGGGAUCGAUCUUUUUGGUUCGACAACUGGACUUCUGUUGGUGUUAUAUGGAGGGAACCAAAUGCGCUUCCCCCUAGUCCUCAACUGAGUAUUAAAGAUUUUGUUGCUAACAAGGAAUUUUAUUUGCAUGAUUUGCAGUAUAUUCCGGCCACGCAAGUAACACGGUCAUUGAAGUAUACGGCUGAAACUCUAGAGACGGGCCGUGGUUCCUUGAUAUGGCAACACUCCUCUUCGGGUUUGUUUACCAUCAAAUCUGCUUACUUGCAUCUAAGAAUCCGGGGAUUGGAGGACUCCUUAUCUAAGAAUGUUUGGAACAAGCUAAUUCCGUUGAAGAUUUCUUUCUUUGUAUGGAAGCUUCGCAACUUUCUUGUUCCCUUCCCAGAAACUUUGAGUAAGUUUGAAAUACAAGUUUUGCCAUCCAUUUGCCUCUCAUGUCGAGAUCAUGGUGAUUCAGUAUUGCAUUGUUUUCUUGAAUGCACAGCGAGCAAGGAGAUAUGGAAGUUUUUCUUUAGCUUAUUUGAAAUACCAUGGUGGGAUGAAGUAAACUUGCUUCCCAUUAUUCAAGAAUGGUGGAAGCGCGGUUGCUUCUCCUCAGCCCGCAAAUCUUUGAUCAAGAUUGCUCCGUCUUUCAUUCUUUGGGAGAUUUGGAAGAUGCGAAACAAAAUGCUUUUUGAUGGUGAGGCUUUUAGUUUUGAAAGGGUGAUCUCCACAAUAAAGGUGGACUUAUAUAAUGUCUUAGUAACUCAUGAAUUGAAGGCCCGGACCUUGGAUGAGCGAGAUUGGAUUGAAAGUAUUUUUGGCUUCCAACUUCAAAAUGUAAUGGUAUAUAGGUGUAUUUUUGUUAUUUGGAAGGCUUCGGAACAUAGUGGAUAUGUGCUUAAUACGGAUGGCUCUAAGAUCCAUUUGGAUUCAGGUUAUGAACUUUGUAUCAGGAGGAAUAAUGGAGGCUUUAUAUAUGGUGAAAGUGGUUUUAUAGGUGAUGGAGAUAGCUUUGGUGCGGAGGUAUAUGGUGUGCUUUUUGGGGCAAGGAAAUGUGACCAACUGGGUUUGCAAAAAGUGGCCGUUCAAACUGAUAAUGAAUCCUUAGUUCAUAUACUUGGUGAUAUGAAGCAUGUGCCAUGGAAGUAUUAUUUCCAGUUAAUGGAGAUUCAUCAUAUAAUUGAGAGGCAAGAUUACACAAUUCAACGCAUAUUUCGAGAAGCCAACUCAGUGGCGGGUGGCCUAGCUGGUGAGGCGUCACUUGAAAUAUCAACCAGAUAUAACUCUAUGAGUACUUUGCCUAGGCAUAUAAAGGGACUUGUUUAUUGUGAUGAUGAUGAUGAUAGUGAUACUAGUGAUACUGAAGAUACUAGUAAGCGUAAGGUUCGUGCGCGUUAUCUGACCAUGAGUCGUCGGAAGAAAAAAGAGGAAAAAGAGAAAAUGAAGCGAAUGAAAAUGACUCAGGUCACUAUGGGGGGUGUACCGCUUCAGACUCAGUCUAGUCAGCUGAUUCAUGUACCCGAGUAUUCUCAGGAUGACCUGGAAGAGGGGGAUGAGGAUGAGGAGGAUGAGGAGAAUGAGUUUGAUGAGGAUGAUGUGCAGGACAGUGUUAGGAUGGGUGCACAUCACAGAGAUACGCCUAUGUACAAUCUUAGUAGUUACCCUCCUCCUCGGUACUCCAGUUGUCCCCGGCCUGGUCCUCGCGGCUUACCCUCUCCCCCUACUCCUAUCCCUUCUCCUAUGAGUGGCGGCGGCAGCCAGUUGAGAGUUUCUGAUGAAAUUGAUCCGACUACAUGGCUAGUGACAGAUGAAGUACCUGGUGGGCCGAUAGAUGGUAGCGUGAUUCCUAGCUUCCUUGGGCAUAUUGCUAAUCAUUUCUGGCAUGGAUACAAUAGACCCACAUUGAAGAUUUUUAAAGGCGAAAAGAUUCUGAAUAAGUUAAAGAUGUGGUAUAAAGAUAUGGAUGAUGUAGUGAGAGGCAAGAUUCGGGGAACUGGAUUGAGUCACCUUCUUCAUACCUCGUAUGAAGAUAUUGAUCUUGGCUUAGUUCAGGCAUUUGUUGAGAGGUGGCAGCUGGACACCAACUCAUUUCAUUUCCCGUUUGGGGAGAUGACCAUCAUGAUGCAUGAUGUUUAUCAUAUUUUGGGCAUUGGGGUCAAUGAAGAGUUGGUGUCAGCUACGUCCAAGACAGAUUUGUUGAGGAGACAUGCAGCAGUGAUACUUGGCCUGGAUGUGAAUGGUUACAAAUGGAGUCAUGGCGGUGCCUCUGAUUGGUUCAUCCUUGAGCGAUGCCAAAAAGCGGACGAGAAUACCCAGGCCUCUACUUUCUUGUGGGUAUUGUUGGUCUCGACGUUGUUCAUGGCCAAGAGUGGUGGGAGGUGCAGUGUUUCACUUGUACAUGAGCUGAUGGCUGGGAUCGAGGAUAUGGGUUCAUACUCGUGGGGCUUUGCUACGCUUGCGUUCCUAUACCGUCAGUUAGGGAUGGCUAGUAGGGAAAAGUGCACUCAGCCCAGAGUACAUGACUGGAUACCACCAUCUUUUCCGGGGCCGACAUCUGUGCGAGAUCGUCUUCGUCAGGUUAGGGAGCAUCUCGACUGUUUCACCGAGUUAGAGGUAAAGCAGUAUUCACAUCCAUUUCUGCUGCCGACAACUGACCCAUCUGCAUGGAUGAAUGAAUUGAGGAAGCUGACGAGGGACCUGAUUAGAAAGGUCAAAGUGUCCGAUCGCGACCUGGCUGACGAAUAUGAUGAGAAGCUACAAGAUACGAUGAUCCGUUAUUACAAGGCCCCAUGA